AUGAACAGGGUUCGCAACAUUAUCGGCCAUCAGCAUACAGGAUCGAAUAGACAACAGGUGAAUCGGGAUCAGCAUGAAACAGGCGAUGAUUUAGAUGACCAAUCGACGAUGUUUGAGAGGCAAAGCGAGGACCUCGAGGAUAGUGUGACGCUCAAUACGGCAGUUUCAGGAAGUGUAACCAUCGGGGAUUUCCAAAGGCUGGGAUUUGUGAAUCGAUGUCCAUCAUUUGACGCAGAGCGAACGAUGCCUCUUGCGUCCGUCUUAUUGACCAAAGGAUUCUUUUGUUUCCCCAGUGAGCUCUCUCUCAGGACGUUCUUGGACAAUAAGCGCAGACUGGACGCUCUGGACUCGAUCAACGGAUUGGGAAUACCGCUGUUUCAUGCGGUAUCUGCAGGUGUUGUCAAGAGCAUCUUCAAUCGUCAUGCUCCGAUAAUGAGGAUCUACAGGUACGUUUUGAUCGACUCUAAUAGGGAAAAGCCACCGCAGAAUGGGGAACUGAUCUCUCAGGACGGGUUCAAGAUGCUUUUCAAGUGCUUGUUUUGCAGUGUAUACCAAGAGAUAGUGUGCAACUACAGCCGUGUGGAACACAAAUUUGUGUUCAAUGCCACUAGAGAGAACGAAACUGUGCCUGAAACUUUGGUAAUGGCUAGCCAUGUCCAGAGUCGCGGUAGCGACACUAGAUUGAUGGGUUUGAAUCUCCGAUGGUACGGUACUACAGGUUUCGCCUCACCUUUUGGCUCGGGAAGCUUUAAGCUUCUGGUUCUCGAUGAUGGCAUGCCCUCCCGUAUGGACUGCCGUACACUUGAUGAGUUUGACAGAGAGUCGCGAAGCUAUCAUGGCAGAAUGUCCGGCCGGCUACCAACAUGGGCCACAUAUUCCGACCAGUGUUCAUCAGUGUUUCCUCGAAAGCGAACUUUAAGGCUCGCCGAGUUCAAGAUAGGUGAGUUGAACCGAGUAAACGGUGUAUGCUCGUCUGGGAUAUUCGAUAUUCCCAAGGAGACGCUAGCAUUGACAUGCAUGUGCCUUGUAUUGCACGAUUUUGAAACCCGCAAGGAUAAGCGGGGCGGUACUGCUAUGGCGUUGCCUUCAGUACCCUUCUUACUGUAG